AUGGGUAUAACCAGAACCACCUCAGGGGCUGUAAAAGGGUCCCCUGAAAGCCCAUUCACCAACUUCGCCUUCAGAGUUGGACAGAUCAAUAGUUCCAUGGGAAACUUUUUUGGUCAUGUGUAUCCAGGGCUGUUUCUGUUCUUACAUGGACUGUAUCAGGCAGUAGUAAUCUCCAAAGCUAUAAUAUCCAGCGACUCUCUCCUAUAUCCUUCAUCCCCUCCCAGGAAUAAGGGAAGAUGUGCCAGGCUGCGGAAAAUAUCCUAUGGAGGUCUGUUGAAGAUGGUGGCUGGCUGCUUCUUGACAGUUUAUGAGGUCAUCUGCAUUGAAGGAGGGUUGAUAUUGAUGAACAGGGAACUGCCACCAAGGUUCAUGUACCCCAAAGAGUGGCAGCACCUCACCAUGUUCAUCCUCCUCACUCUCAAUGGCUGUGUGGACUUUGUGAGCAAGAAUGUGCUGCCUCAGAGGUGUGUGGGCCUAGAAAAAGGUACCCUGGUCCUGAUCAUCUAUGAGCUCCUGCUGCUGAUGGUGUCACAUGUUAAAGACUCAGAAGGGGUGGAGCUGCACGUGCACUCUCUGCUCAUCCUGGUGGUGUUCCUGCUGUUGCUGGUGUUCACUGCAGAGCUGUGGGCUCCCAACAUGUGUCAUCUCCAGCUGAUGGAGACCUUUCUGAUCCUCAUGAUGGGCUCCUGGCUGAUGCAGGCAGGCUUUAUUCUAUACAGACCUGUCUCUGGCUACCCAUGGGAGGACGAUGACAUCAGUGACAUCAUGUUUGUCACCACCUUCUUCUGCUGGCAUGUGAUGAUCGAUGCCUCGUGCCUGUUGGGAAUCUACGGCUUCUCUUCCUUUUGGCAUCGUUGUUACGCUCCCAGCUUGAAGCUGACGGGGCCCAAGGAAGCUCCGUGUUACGCAAGCCCUCCAGGACCCCUCUACAAGUUGCUGCAGGAAGUGGAGCAGUCAGAGAAAGAGGACCAGGUCCUCCUUUUUUCAAAGAGCUCCCCUGAGACAGAGUCUAUAGUGGCUGGCACAUCAUCCACCUUGCCUUCCUCCUGCGGGCUCCUCAGCCACGAGCAUGGCACCCUCCUUGGUGAAGGCAAUGGCCUUGAAGGCUAGCAGUUGGUCCUGUCUGCGGAUGCAUUUUCUUUUCUUUUCUUUUGGAGACAGAGUCUCGCUCUGUUGCCCAAGGUGGAGUGCAAUGGCACAGUCUCGGCUCACCGCAACCUCCGCCUCCUGGGUUCAGGCGAUUUUCUGCCUCAGCCUCCGGAGUAGCUGAGAUUACAGGUGUCUGCCACCAUGCCCAUGCUGGUGCAUUUUCUAUCCCUGAGACUGUAAUUACUGAGAAGAUACGGAGAGAGGGAUUGAGAAAGAGAGACGCUGAUGAGAUUUGGGGGAGGGAGGGAAAAGGACCAGGAGAACAAAUUAGUGUGCAAGAAAAGCCACUGGGGGAAGAGACGGCAACAAAAGGAAGGAAGGGCUGUGAAGGGAGAACAGGGUCUAGCAGUUAUGCUGUCACUAGCGGCUUCGUCAGCCAGGAGGGAUUGCCUCUUACCUGAGGGAAUGAAGACUUCUCAUAGCUGAAAACUGGAACUAUUCAAGUCCCAUCUUGAUAAAGAAAAGUGGGUACUUUCUGUGCUCACCAGAGUGGUGCCACCGUGUGGAAGUGGCACAACAGAAUUUAUAAUUAAUUCAUACAGGUUGAAAUUAUGCUCAUUUUGCCUCCUCCUCUCCCCCAGCUUUCAAGAAUUGGCUUCAUUUCAAAUUUUACACAUAAAGUGAGACUUCUAAAAUACCUUAAUAACAUUUCAGAUUUCCAUAGUUCAAAUUUUUAUAGAAUUCAAAUGCUAUAGCAUUUUUAUAGAAUUCAAAUGCUUGGUACUUUCCUGACUUCUCAUUUUGUUACUCUCACGGUAGCCCAAACUUUCCUGUUUCACCAUGACCACCUUGCACAUGCAACUCUUGGGUCUUUGCGAAUUUCUUUUCUUUGCAUAUCACAACCAGUCAACCUACAGUCACAUAUUUGCCACGUUCUUAGAUUCUGGGAAUAAACCUACACCCACCCAUCACCUCACCAAGUAUCCCCAAGUCAGCCUUCUCCAAGAACUCUUAUUGAUUCCCUUGUUUUGGAACUCUUAGGCACUUACGUUUAAUGUGCCCUGUUAUUUUGCUCAUAUAGGUGACACACUUUCUUUUAUACUACCGCUGAAAUCAUUUUCCUUCAGGAAAUUUUUCCUCACACACUAAAGUACAGGCUUCUAAAGGGAAAAGAUUUUGCCUUAUCCAAGUUACAAAAUUUCCUGUGUAUACCCCAGCUAUGGAUCAUGGUUGAUGUUCAAUAAAGGUUUCUUUGCUUCCA